ACGGAAUAAAAAAAUUGCGCACAACAAAUUGACAGAAGAUUUUUGGCUUGUGAUAUAUGUGUCUUGAGAGAUUUUGAGAUGGCAGCCACCAUGAGCUCCCCUCCUCUCCCUGUCUGCGUUUUGUGGUUCAUCCUGCUGGGUCCACAGCUGGCUCACGCAGCCUCCAAGGACAUAGUGUGUGAGCCCAUCACGGUGCCCAUGUGUAAGGGCAUCGGCUACAACCUCACCUACAUGCCCAACCAGUUCAACCAUGACACCCAGGAUGAGGUGGGCCUGGAGGUGCACCAGUUCUGGCCCCUGGUGAGGAUCCACUGCUCGGCCGACCUGCUGUUCUUCCUCUGCAGCAUGUACACCCCCAUCUGCAUCCCGGACUACCGCAAGCCCCUCCCGCCCUGCCGCUCGGUGUGCGAGCGAGCCAAGCGAGGCUGCUCGCCCCUCAUGAGCCAGUACGGCUUCGAGUGGCCCGAGAGGAUGAGCUGCGAGCGACUGCCCGAGCUGGGCGACGCCGAGAGGCUCUGCAUGGACCGCAACAGCAGCGAGGUCACCACCCUGACCCCGGCCUUCCCCAAGCCCACCCCCAAGCCCCCUCACAACCCCCUGCGCCGCAGGCCCCCCGCGCCCAAGAGCCAUGGCCACCAGGAGUGCGACCGCGACUGCCGCUGCCGCCGCCCUCUGGUGCCCGUCAAGAGCGACGCCCACCCGUUCUCCUCCCGGGUCCACACGGGCCCCGUGCCUGACUGUGCCCUGCCCUGCCGCCAGCCCUACUUCAGCCAGGACGAGCACACCUUCACGGGCCUGUGGCUGGGGCUGUGGUCGGUGCUCUGCUUCCUGUCCACCCUCACCACCGUGGCCACCUUCCUCCUCGACAGGGAGCGCUUCAAGUACCCGGAGCUGCCCAUCAUCUACCUGGCAGCCUGCUACCUGUGUGUGUCUCUGGGCUACCUGGUGCGGUUGGCCGUGGGGCACGAGAGGGUGGCGUGCUCCGAGGACCGCCAGCACGUCCUGUACGACACGUCGGGCCCGGCCCUGUGCACUCUGGUCUUCCUGCUGGUGUUCUUCUUCGGCAUGGCCGGGUCUAUCUGGUGGGUGGUGCUGUCCCUCACCUGGUUCCUGGCGGCGGGUUUGAAGUGGGGCAGCGAGGCCAUCGCGGGCUACUCCCAGUACUUCCACCUGGCCGCCUGGCUCAUCCCCAGCGUCAAGACCAUCGCCGUGCUGUCCCUCAGCGCCGUGGACGGGGACCCCGUGGCGGGGAUCUGCUACGUGGGGAACCAGAGCGUGGAGAGCCUGCGCUGGUUCGUCCUGGCUCCCCUGGUGGUGUACCUCUUCACCGGCUCCCUCUUCCUCCUGGCCGGCUUCGUGUCCCUCUUCCGCAUCCGCAGUGUCAUCAAGCAGGGCGGGACCAAGACGGACAAGCUGGAGCGCCUGAUGGUCCGCCUGGGGCUGUUCACGGUGCUGUACACGGUGCCGGCGGCGGCGGUGGUGGCAUGCCUGGUAUACGAGCAGCACCUGAGGCCCUGGUGGGAGCGGGCCCUGGCGUGUGCCUGCCCGGCGGAGCGUCAGCGCCUGGGGCCCGACCACGCCGUGUUCAUGCUCAAGUACUUCAUGUGCCUGGUGGUGGGCAUCACCUCCGGGGUGUGGGUGUGGUCAGGGAAGACCCUGGAGGCCUGGGGGAGGCUACUGGGGAGGUGCUGCUCCUGUUGGGGCCACAAGCCCUCCAGCGCCUCCAUGUACAGCGAAGCCAGCACCUCCCUGACCAGCCGCACCGGGGUGCCCCCCUCCCAGUCGGACCACAAGUCCCUGUCCCACCCCACCGUGUGACCCGCCCCUGACCCUUUGGGUGGGCGUCGGCUUAACUUAUUGAACUUGAUUGCAAAUGAUGUACAAAGACUUGAGCUCUCCCCUGUAUUUAUACUUGAAUCUUCAAAGAAGAACUUGCUUAAAACAAAAUGCGUUUUGGGAGAAAGUAGAACAAAAUCUUGUAUUUUUGUAUAAUUGUAAUAGUUUGUGUAAUUGUGGACAGAGUUAAGUUAGGGAAAAAUGUCAGGUAGGUUUCCUUAUUUUGUAUAAGACCAUGGCUUGGUUACAGAGAUAAUUGGGAUAUACUACAUUCCCCAAUGAGACUGUACAUACCAUGUCAGUGCUAGUUUCCAAUUCAGUUUUAUGCACAGUGAAUAUAGCUCAUCCAUAUUUAUUUGUUUAUAUCUUUUAUUUAAAAUGGUUGUCAAGUACAGACACGUUCAGAGUGCAGUGCUAGCUUUUAUGUGAAAUUGUUCUUUCAAUUGACAUGAUGGUUAUGAGCCAACUGUAAAUGCUUAUGUGCAAGGUUAAGAAUGUGUCCCUAUAAAUUAAACCUCUGCCUUAGGAUAACUGAUGAAUGUUUAAGAAUGUGUUUUAAUUUGAUGGUCACUGGAUUUUAACUAGCUUUUGCCAGUUUAUGGAAGAACCUUUGUAUAGUCUGCCCCCAUGUGGUCUGUUUUUGUAACUACAA